AUGAAAUUCGCAUCUAUCUUAGGCCUUGCCGCACUCAUCCACAGUGCCUCCGCGCACUACAUCUGGACCACACUUAUAGCUGGCAGCACGUCGACCAUGAACGCCGUGCGCCAGCCAAGAAACAACUCGCCCGUCGAGAACGUCAACUCGCAGGAGAUGCGCUGCAACACGGCGUUCACGUCCGCGGCUGAGACGGUCAACGUCAGCCCGGGAAGCACAAUCGGCUUCAGGCUAGACAAUACGCUUUACCACCAAGGCCCGGUGGCGAUUUAUAUCGCGAGGGCGCCUGGGUCUGUUGCGUCGUGGGACGGCAACGGCGCGUCUUGGGUCAAGAUCGCUGAAUGGGGUGCUACCUUCAACCCGUUCAAGUUCGUGACUGAGGGACAGAGCCAGCUCUCUACCACCCUUCCCCGUGUUCCUUCUGGUGAAUACCUCGUUCGUAUCGAACAGAUCGGGCUUCACGUCGCCGGCGCGCCGCAAUUUUAUAUUUCUUGCGCGCAGAUCAACGUCCAGAACGGAGGUGGCUCCUUACCCGGCGGUGUCUCAAUUCCAGGCUACGUCUCAAUGUCAGACCCCGGUCUUUCCGUUAACAUCUACUAUCCGAUUCCCACUUCCUACAGGGUUCCAGGCCCAGCAGUUUGGAGGGGAUAA